AUUUCCAAAGAUGUUGAAAAGAUCCACAAAAGUGGUCUUCCAAGCUUUGUGAAAGAUGGUGACUUCAUCCAGCUGCCAGCAUACCUGUGGUUCGGCCCCCAUAAACUUCUGAUAUUAAUGAAAAAUGUCAUGUUUGUGACUAUUCAGACUGUGCUAAGGAGAUGCAAUAAUUUUGGCCGCAGAUGGAGAAAGAUUGAUGACAUCAAAAGAGUGUUUUUAUUUGAAAGUAAAAAAGCAGUGUACAUCUCUGAAAAUUGGAAGGAUGAUGCUUUUUUUGGGAGCCAGUUUCUUAAUGGAUGUAACCCAGGAAUGAUAGAGAAGUGCACUGAAAUCCCAGAGAAAAUUCCAGGAAUAACAGAAAAGUAUUCUGACAUCAAAGAACGUAUCCAGAAUGGGAACAUUUAUAUGGUUGAUUAUGAACUGCUUGAUAAUGUUAAAGAGGGCGUCAUUCAUGGACAUCAGCAGUAUCUCGCUGCACCAAUCGUGCUUCUGCAGGAGACAGAGCAGGGACUGAUGCCCAUCGCCAUCCAGUUGAAACAAAAGCCUGAUGAAAAGAAUCCCAUCUUCACUCCUAAGGACGAUGAGGCCUGGCUGCUGGCAAAGAUCUGGGUCCGUAAUGACUUUUACAUCCAUGAGCUGGUAUCCCACCUUCUGAAGACACACCUGCUGGCUGAGAUCUUCUUUUUCAGCAUCUUCACAUCGCUGCAUGAUCACCAUCCAAUCCUAAAGAUCUUUGCUGUCACCGGACGAUACACAAUACCAAUCAACGUAGCUGCCAGAAAUACACUCAUCAACGACACUGGCUUCUUUAUGGAGUACACAGGCCUUGGCAAAUACGCCCAGUGGGAGGUGUUAAAGCAAGCAGUCAGCCAACUGACAUACAAGAGCCUCUGUCUGCCUGACAACUUGAAGAGCCGUGGAGUGCAGAAUCUGAAGAACUACUACUACCGGGAUGAUGCCAUGCAAAUCUGGGAUGCAAUAUCUGAAUUUCUUCAGAAGGUGGUUGAUACAUACUACAAUGAUGAUAGUGAAAUUAAAAAGGACAAAGAACUUCAGAACUUUUUGUACUAUACUCACUCUUAUGGACUUCAGGGAAUAAAAGAUUUCCCUGAAACUGUGGAAACUAAAGCAGAAACAGUGGAAUACCUGAGCAUGGUGAUGUUUACCUGUUCGGCUCAGCACGCCGCCAUGAACCACGGACAGUAUGAUACUUAUGCUUGGAUGCCAAACGGGCCCACAACAAUGAGGCAGCCACCACCUAUGUACACGGAUGAGGUAGAUGAGGAAUACAUCAUGAAUACUCUGCCUGAUAUGGAGACAACCCUGAUGGCCAUGUCUGUAGCCCGGUUCCUCAGUCAAGCUACUGAGGAUUUUGUUGCCCUGGGAACUUAUGCAGAUGAUGUAUCCAACGAUCCACGUCUGAGGGAUGUGAUCAAGAAUUUCCAGGAAAAGCUGGAUAAGGUUGGGGAACAAAUUAAGAAGCGGUCAGAGAGUCAGAGUUUCCCGUAUGAGUAUCUGUUCCCUGGUGAUAUUGAAAACAGCGUUGCCAUCUAAACGAUGGGGGUACGACCCGGAAUAUAAUGUCCGUCUUUAUUUUUGUUUACUAACAUUACUCAAAUUACUGAUUUGUAGCUGGUAGAUAUUAUUACAGUCAUGUUCCGCAUAAUGACAUUUACUUAUACUUUUAAUCGUUAUUCUACAGUGCAGGUGUGCUCAUUCUACUUAUAGUAUAAAAAUGUUUAGUAGCCUAGGUGUGUAAUAGGCUAUACUACCGUAUCUAGGUUUGUGUAAGUACACUCUGAUGUUCAAAUUACGCAUUUCUCAGAACGUGUCCCCGUCGCUACGUGACACAUGACUGUAAUUGAGAGUUGAAAUUGAGCACAUAGCUGGUGUUGGAAUUUGUAUCACCUAAUCACAUGUGGCAAUGUAAUCCUUGGGGCUUUGGUCUUCUCCUAAUCUGUAUUUAGUCUGCAUCGUGCUGGAUGUCCAAAAGGCUGUAGGCUGUCUUGGCUCCUAUUCCUGAUGUUGUGAACUCUUGAGGAAUAUGAAGAAGUGGGCAAAGACACAUGUAGGACAUGCCUGCCAGCUGUGGGGCUCAGAUAUAUAGCAAUAAUCAGGGGGGCUUCAUUCAUUUUGAUUCCUGUGUUCUUUACAUAAAUUUUGGAUUUUGAUAUAGGAAGAUAGGAAGUUCAUACCUACAGUACAGAAUCACUGAGAUGGUUAAAGGACCCCCCCCCCCCCCCAAAA